CUGGAAUCUAUCUGCUACAGGCUGCAUCGGGAGAAGGCUGUCUGUAUGAAUAUCAUCAGAGACCUCAAGGAAAAACUGGCUUCAGCAGAGCAAGAGAUCCAGAAGUUGGAUUCGGCCUUGAGCAUGGACCAGAGUUUGAAUUCUUCCACCAGCAGCAGUAUACACGCGAACGGAAGGGAGAGCAACGAUGGCAAGCUUGCGGCGUUAGAAACUGAAAACGAAAUGUUGCGCAAGAAGAUUGCUGAGAUGGAGCAAGAGCGUCAACUGGACACGGUCAAGGCAGGUCAGCCUCCCAACAAGUCUUCUGCUCCGAUUGCGUCAUGAGGGAUUGGAUAUUGUCUUGACGCGAUCGGAGCAUUUCUCGUCAACUUUUGUGCAAGGAUGUAAAAGCACAUCCCUUAUGG